UUUUAUUUCUAGCAAAAUAACCGUCAAUCGCGCACGUUUUCCGAGUGUUCAUCUAUUAUAAGUCUACAAGUUCUAGUUAAAUUUAUACAAUGGCGAAAGCACCUGCGGUUGGUAUUGAUUUGGGCACCACAUACUCGUGUGUUGGUGUGUUCCAGCAUGGAAAGGUGGAGAUCAUCGCUAAUGAUCAAGGCAACAGGACCACCCCGUCGUAUGUGGCGUUCACAGACACCGAGCGUCUCAUCGGCGAUGCUGCCAAGAACCAGGUGGCGAUGAAUCCCAACAACACCAUCUUCGAUGCCAAACGUCUUAUCGGGCGCAAGUUCGAGGAUGCUACAGUCCAAGCCGACAUGAAGCACUGGCCCUUCGAGGUUGUGAGUGAUGGAGGCAAACCAAAGAUUAAAGUAUCAUACAAAGGUGAAGAUAAAACUUUCUUCCCUGAGGAAGUGAGCUCAAUGGUGCUCACAAAGAUGAAGGAAACAGCCGAGGCCUACCUCGGUAAAACUGUGCAGAAUGCAGUAAUUACGGUUCCGGCAUACUUUAAUGACUCCCAAAGACAGGCUACAAAAGAUGCGGGUACCAUCUCUGGCCUUAAUGUUUUACGAAUCAUCAACGAACCUACUGCUGCUGCGAUUGCAUACGGUCUCGACAAGAAGGGAGGUGGAGAACGAAACGUCCUCAUUUUCGAUCUCGGCGGUGGUACCUUCGAUGUAUCCAUCUUGACUAUCGAGGAUGGUAUCUUUGAAGUAAAAUCUACUGCCGGCGACACGCACUUGGGUGGAGAGGACUUCGAUAACCGAAUGGUCAACCAUUUCGUGCAAGAGUUUAAGAGGAAGUACAAGAAAGAUCUCACCACCAACAAAAGGGCGCUACGACGACUCCGAACAGCUUGUGAGAGAGCUAAGAGGACACUCUCAUCGUCUACCCAGGCCAGUAUCGAAAUUGACUCUUUGUACGAGGGUAUUGACUUCUAUACUUCAAUCACGAGGGCGCGUUUUGAAGAACUGAACGCCGAUCUCUUCAGAUCUACCAUGGAGCCUGUAGAGAAGUCCCUUAGGGAUGCUAAGAUGGACAAGGCUCAAAUCCACGACAUCGUCCUCGUCGGCGGAUCUACUCGUAUCCCCAAAGUUCAGAAGUUGUUGCAAGAUUUCUUUAACGGCAAAGAGUUGAACAAAUCCAUCAAUCCUGAUGAGGCCGUCGCGUACGGCGCCGCCGUCCAGGCCGCCAUCCUGCACGGAGACAAGUCUGAAGAAGUACAGGACUUGUUGCUGCUCGACGUCACUCCCCUAUCGCUCGGUAUCGAGACCGCCGGCGGAGUCAUGACCACCCUCAUUAAGCGCAACACCACCAUUCCCACCAAGCAAACGCAGACCUUCACCACCUACUCUGAUAACCAGCCCGGUGUACUCAUCCAAGUUUUCGAGGGUGAGCGUGCCAUGACCAAGGACAACAACCUUCUUGGAAAGUUCGAGCUUACUGGAAUCCCCCCUGCACCCCGUGGCGUUCCCCAAAUCGAGGUGACAUUCGACAUCGACGCUAAUGGCAUUCUCAACGUGUCUGCCGUCGAGAAGUCUACCAACAAGGAGAAUAAGAUCACAAUCACCAAUGAUAAGGGUCGUCUUUCUAAAGAGGAAAUCGAGCGCAUGGUCAACGAGGCUGAGAAGUACAGAAAUGAAGACGAAAAGCAAAAAGAGACCAUCGGCGCCAAAAACGCUCUGGAGUCUUACUGCUUCAACAUGAAGUCUACCAUGGAGGAUGCUAAUCUUAAAGAUAAGAUCUCUGAGUCAGAUAAGCAGACAAUUCUCGAUAAGUGCAAUGACACCAUUAAAUGGUUGGACUCUAAUCAACUGGCUGACAAGGAAGAGUACGAGCACAAGCAAAAGGAAUUGGAGGGCAUUUGUAAUCCGAUCAUCACCAAGUUAUACCAGGGCGCUGGUGGAGCCCCAGGGGGCAUGCCGGGCGGUAUGCCUGGUUUCCCCGGCGGAGCUCCCCCGGGCGCUGGAGGUGCCGCCCCCGGUGGCGGUGCUGGCCCCACCAUCGAGGAGGUCGAUUAAACACAUUCCACUGUAUACCGAAUAUUGCGGGGUCUCUAGUCGCGUAGCAUGCUUCGUUGGCAUCGAGAUGUUCGUAAAAUAAAAUAAAUAAAAAUACAUAUGUAUAAUAA